AUGUCGUCCUCAGAACCUCUAGAUACCGAGCUCUCUGCUGAAGAGCGCGAACGCCAGGAUCGUGAACAAAGAGAACGGGAAGCUGCUGAACAAUCCAAACUGCCAUAUAAAUGGAUUCAAACCAUUAAAGAUGCCGACAUCACAUUCGCGGUGCCCGCAGAAAUGCGAGGUCGGGAUCUAGAUGUCCUGCUGACGAAAUCAAAGAUUCGCGCAGGUAUAAAGGGAAAGGAGCCUAUAAUUGAGGGAGAAUUUCCUCACCCAAUUCAUGUGGACGAGUCAACCUGGACCCUCGAGCCAAUAUCUAACGGAAAAGAGGUAUCUAUCCAUCUUGACAAGAUGAACAAGAUGACGUGGUGGCCACAUAUUGUGACAUCUGCUCCAAAGAUAGAUGUUAGUAAGAUUCAACCUGAAAACUCCAAACUGAGCGACCUGGAUGGCGAGACUAGGGGUAUGGUGGAGAAGAUGAUGUACGAUCAGAGGCAAAAGGAGAUGGGAAAGCCAACUAGCGACGAAGAAAAGAAGAUGGAUAUUUUAAAGAAGUUUCAGGCACAGCAUCCAGAGCUCGAUUUCUCGAAUGCGAAAAUGGGAUAA